GACUUGCAUAUCUCUCCCUCUUUCCCCCGUUGUCGUCCUUAUUUUCCAGUUUCACGAUUCCGGGACGGUUCCGGGUCACUUGGAAUAUGAACGUCCCCCUUCCCCUCACCAAUAAUGAGUUGUGAUCUAGUUCAUAAAGGUGAACAAUAAAAAUCCUCACUCUCAUUAUUGCGUCAACCUUAACAUCACAGUUCCCUUUCUUGCUGAUUUCUCUUCGAGUCCAAUUUACGAUUUUUACUUUCCUUUUUCACUAGAAUGAUGUUGCUGUCUUGACAUUAUGAUGGAAUAGUCCUCAGCUGAGACAACAAAAAGGGAACAGACCAGACAAUUUACUGAUUAACAGGACAGCACUCUUCAGUGUCCUUGAUGAGAGGAUGACCUUUCGUCUUUUUUCUCAGACCCUCCUACGCCAUUGAUCUUACAACUUUUGAAUUUCAACUGAUUACUAACUAUCCUUAGACUCGUUCUUUCACUGAAUUGUUCCACAUUUUUGAUGUCAUCGGAUAAUUCAAAGGUUUCACGGAAAUAUGCAAUCAGAUAGCUGGUACUGAAUAUAUAUUUAGUUAAGCUGUGCAGUUUUUUUGGAAGAGAUCGGAAGGAAAGGUUUCUGGAAUUUUGUAAGUUGCCAAGUAAAACGUUCCAUUAAUUGCUUUACAUAUUUGGAAUCGGGUUUCUGUGAGCGUAUUUGAUACAGAAGUAUACGCAUUGUGCAUGUAAUUUGCUUUUUAAAUAUGUCGUGGUCGCUACAUCUUUUGGACCAAUAUUACAUAAACAAGAAAUUUACAUACACAGUGACAGUGAGAAAUCUGUCUUGAGAGCGCUCUUGCUCCCGGUAGCUGUAAUAAAUGAUGUGCAUUUAGACUGUUGAUUGUGAUUAGUUUUCGACGAAGUUCUUUAUAAUAUUUGCGUUAGAUGUGAAGGACCAUAUCUGUAAAUAUUGAUGUGAAAGACGCGGAGAACAUAUCUUUUGAUUUUUAACCAUGUACGGUUAUUUUUCAAAAAUAUAAGGAGUUUAAAUUUCUUGAAAGCUUCACUGAGAGAAAUUUUUCAAGCACUGAGCGCUGAAUUUUCCAGUUCGGUUUGCCAUGAUGAAGCAAGUGGUCGGCAUUAUGGUGUUACUGCAUGUUUCGGUUGCAAGGGUUUCUUUCGUAGAACGGUUCGUGCUGGGAAAAAUUACGUGUGUCGUUAUGAACAGAAGUGUAGAAUUGAUAAAGCUGGUCGUAACGUUUGUCGAUCUUGCCGUUUCCAGAAGUGCCUUCAGGUAGGAAUGGAACCUGACGCAAUUCGUCCCGAUCGUGAUAAAACUGGCAGACAGAAAAAUCCACGCAGAGGUGGCUGUGAAAACGGUACCACCAAGAUGUCAGCAAAUUCUAUAUGCGGGGAAUUGCCAUGCGUUACAUCCGAAAAAGACAACGUUGUGAGUGAUGAUGCUCGAACUUGCACCGUAUCCUUUUGCAUGAAUAGCGCCUCAGGUCAUCCAAAAUGUUCUGUACCCGUUGGCGAUGAGUCUGUCUUGGCAACACUUUGUGAAAUCGAGCAUAUAUGCAAUCAGCUUCGUGACGCUCAUCCAGUUAUAACAAAGACUUCCAUCACCCUCAUUGAUGCUGUUUUGCGUCCUUCACUCAUCGUUUCACGAUCUCCGCUGAUAUUCGAUGGGUCUUUGGGUCUUGCUGGCUGCAAAGAAUAUUUUGAAAAUCUGAGGCGUCUCAUUGUAUUGCUUUUUGAUUAUGCCAAUACACUUAAGCCAAUCGCCGAUCUCACACCUAGUGAAAAGAUAUCGAUAAUUCAUAACUGUGUGUCACAAUUUGCGCUUCUUGUUGUUGCAUACCACACUGUGCGUAAUACUGAGAUGGUCAGCAGUACAAUUUUACUACCUAGUGGGCAUUAUUUCCAUCGUGAAAAACCUGUUAUUAUCAUUGAACAGUGUGAAGACAAACAAAUCAUAUUGUUGGAAUCCCGAAUUGAGAUUGUAAAGAAAAACAUUCUGGAUGUUGUUUUGAGUCCAAUGCGACGUUUGGGAUUUACCGAAAUUGAAAUGGUUGCACUGAAAGCGAUAAUUGCACUGGAUCCGAGUGCUGCAAAUCUUACGCCUCAUUCUGCAUCCUUAUUGGCUGUAGCUCGUGGUUCUGUCCAGAAUGCACUUUAUGCUCAUCUCAGUAGUCGUCUUUCACCAGCUGAGGCGACCUCUCGCUUUGGCAACCUUUUGCUUUUGAUUGCUGGUCUUUCCAAAAUGGGUGCGGCAUUGUGUGGCAUGAUGCAGUUAUGUCGUGACCUUUCAAUGAAUAUUGAUCCGGUAGUUGAUGGACUAUUUUUUAACGACUCUUGUUGAUUUACAGCACUUCGCUACUGAAUACUAAGUGAUCUGGUCAGUUUACUGCCAAGCCCAAACAGGAUCUCUUCUACGGCUCAUGUCUUGUCGACAUGCUCACUUUAAUUAAUUCAAUAUUUUUUCGAAUGUGCUUUCAAAUUCAAUGUUGAUUUCGUAUGAUGUCAUGCGAAGUAAUGUGGUCUCUCUGUGCCUUAGAAGUUGAUAUGACGCAUAAUGUUAAUCAUGCUUUCUGUUAUCAGUUGCAAAAUAUUUCCCUGGGAAGUAAGCAGAUCAUCUCUUGAACAUUAUGCACCGUGUUUUUGAAGGAAAUUACUGACUUCACUGUUUUGUUGUUUUAUCUUGGGUCAUUCAAAUACUGAGUCUUUCGAUUUGUGAUACGGUGC